AUGGAUACUGACAGAGGGUCUCAGCCUUACUGCACACAGAUACUUGGUGACUUGGGGGCCGAGAUUAUUAAGAUCGAGCAUCCCGUCCGAGGCGACGACACCCGCGCUUGGGGCCCUCCCUUUGCCGCAUACACCGACGGUCGAACAGGCAACGGCGAAAGCGCAUACUAUCUUGCUGUCAACCGAAACAAGAAAUCCCUCGGCCUCUCAUUCGCCCAACCCGAGGGCAUCGAAAUCAUCCAGCAACUCGUCCGCGAUUGUGACGUCCUCGUUGAAAAUUACCUCCCAGGCUCCUUGAAGAAAUACAACCUGGACUAUGAGACCAUCAGCAGAAUCAACCCACGUCUCAUAUAUACAAGUAUCACAGGCUACGGCCAAACAGGCCCCUAUAGCAACCGACCCGGCUUCGACGUGAUGGUCGAGGCUGAGUUUGGGCUGAUGCAUUUAACGGGUACCAGGGACGGUCCACCAGUCAAGGUUGGGGUUGCGGUCACCGAUCUGACGACAGGCCUGUAUGCCUGUAACUCCAUUAUGGCGGCGCUAUUGGCGCGGGCCAACACGGGAGAGGGACAGCAUCUUGAUGUGUGCUUGAGUGAUUGCCAGGUUGCAACCCUGGCUAAUAUGGGACAGUCGGUGUUGAUCAGCGGGACGAAGGAUUCGGGAAGAUGGGGAACGGCUCAUCCAUCUGUUGUACCGUACCAGGGAUUCAAGACUGCGGAUGGUGACAUCUUCGUUGGUGGAGCGAAUGAUCGUCUCUUUGGCAUCCUCUGCGACAAGAUCGGCAAGCCUGAGUGGAAGGAUGAUGCUCGGUUUGUGACCAACAAUGACCGCGUAACUAACCGCGCUGAGCUGGAGCCUUUACUGGAAGCGGAGUUGGUGAAGCGUACAACGCGCCGGUGGCAAGAGGUUUUCGAGGGGAGUGGUUUACCGUAUGCGGCUGUCAAUGACAUUCAAGGGACAAUGAACCAUGAACAUGUGCAAGCCCGCGGUAUGGUUCAGACGAUUGACCAUCCGACCUGUGGCCCAAUCAAGGUGAUAAGUCCACCAGUCAAGUUUUCAAAGGCAGAGCCGAGUAUCCGCAGUGCGCCUCCGCUUUUGGGGGAGCACACAGAUGUGUUACUCCGGGAUGUGGUGGGGCUUAGUCAAGAGCGCAUUGAGGAGUUGAAGAGCAAAGGAGUUGUCGCAUGA